CGGCUUCCUUUCGAGUUCUGCAAAUUAACAUCCUGGUAUCUUUGAACCCUCCAACGGCCUCUGCACCGCCCACAAUUCCCCCUCCAUGCUCCGGCCAUGGCCCAGCGGCGCUGUCCGCGUUCUUUGCCGGGUCAAUCGGCCCUUCCUGGCUCGCCCCCAGGCUAAUCCCGCUCGUUUCCCUUCGACUCGCAGUCUCCAGUCCGCCGCGACAGACCGCGUCCCCCUCCGCAAGCAGCUCAAGCAAGAGGCUAAAGCUCUCAAGGCACAGAAGAAGCUGCGCAAAGAGUCCGAGGAGGCCUCCAGGCAAGAUUGGGAAUUGACCGUGGGUGUUGAGAUCCACGCGCAACUGGAUACCGAAGCAAAAUUGUUCUCUCGUGCCCCAACAUCCACGAGUGACACCCCCAAUUCCAAUGUCGCCUUGUUCGACCUGGCCUUUCCGGGCAGUCAGCCGGAAUUCCAAGCCGCUACCCUCCUUCCAGCCCUCCGCGCCGCCAUUGCCUUGAAUUGUCAGAUCCAGCCCGUCAGCCGAUUCGAUCGAAAGCACUAUUUCUACCAAGACCAGCCGGCUGGUUAUCAAAUAACACAAUAUUAUGAACCGUUCGCACGGAAUGGAUAUGUCGACCUACUUGACUACGAUGGCAUUGCCCCCGAGGACGGGGGUCGGGUCCGCGUGGACAUCAAGCAGGUUCAGCUCGAACAGGAUACCGCCAAAUCCCAAGAAUACCCGCCCGCGACGCAGCUCCUCGAUUUCAAUCGUGUCUCCCACCCUCUGAUCGAGAUCAUUACGAUGCCACAAAUCCAUACCCCUGCGACCGCUGCCGCCUGCGUUCGAAAGCUCCAAGCGAUUCUCCUAGCCUGCGGUGCCGUGACAACGGGAAUGGAAAUGGGUGGACUACGUGCGGAUGUCAAUGUGUCGAUCCGCCGUCGAGGCGAAGCCCCAGGGCAGCACCGAUACGAUGGGAUCGGCGGGCUGGGCCAGCGCACGGAAAUCAAGAAUCUGAGCAGUUUCAAGGCGGUGGAGGAUGCCAUUGUCGCCGAGAAGAACCGCCAGAUUGCAGUUCUGGAGAGCGGCGGUGUGAUCGAAGGUGAGACCCGUGGAUGGACCAUUGGUAGCACCGAGACACGCAGGCUGCGAGGGAAAGAGGGUGCGGUCGACUACCGCUACAUGCCAGACCCAGAUAUUUCCCCACUGGUCAUCGGCGAGGAUCUGAUCUCCAGCCUGACGGAGUCAUUACCGACCUCCCCAGAUUCGCUUGUGACCCAGUUGACUGGUGCUGAAUACGGUCUCUCGAUCGAAGACGCAAAGCCUUUGAUUGAGCUGGAUGACGGGGCUCGACUGGAGUAUUACCAGGAUGUGGUGGACAUCCUCCAGUCUCUCCACCCCGACCAGGACCCCCAGACCCACGCGGCUCUCACGCGAAUGGCGGGUAAUUGGGUUCUCCACGAACUUGGUGGUCUUCUCACCAAGGCGGACCGGGCCUGGGACGACACGAUCGUCCCGGCCCGGGCACUGGCGGAUCUUGUCGACCAUCUACAGCAGAAGCGCAUUACGGGAUCUAUUGCGAAGCAGGUCCUGGCGGCGGUCUUUGACGGCGAUCGGCGGCCUGUGCCUCGAUUGCUGGAGGAAGAUAACCUCUUGCUCCGGCCGAUGUCACGCGAGGAAUACGUGGCGCUGGCCGAAACGGUUCUCGCGCAAAGGCCAGAGAUGGUUGAGCAGAUCCGCAGCAAGAACCAGCUGGGGAAAAUGGGCUGGUUCUUGGGCCAGAUGAUGCGCCUGGGGGAGAAGGGCCGCGUUGAAGCGCCCAAGGCCCAGGAAGUUCUCCAGGAACUGAUUCUGGGGAAGCAGUAGAGCCACCCUAGGCCGAAAAGGAAUCCCUUGUAUGAAUACGUGUACUACAUAGCCCAAUCUUCAUGAUACCCGUACUUUUAGUUUGAAUUUUGUC